AAAUGGACGUAGAGGAGACCCAAACCACUUCCAACACCGUAAGGUCCGAAGUCGCUAUAGAGCAGCCAUUGGAGCCACAGGGGCCUCCAUGUUGCAGCCUGUACCAUCGCCUACACGCCCUGAAAGGAUGUACAAUUUUUAAGAGCAUGAAGCCCGCUCAACGACAACAGGUUGCAAGGGCCCACGGGCAUUGCAUGACCUGCCUGGCAGAUGACCACGCCACCAUAGAGUGCUGGGCCGACGGUGCCUGUCAAUAUUGCCACAGGCCGCACCCCACUUUGUUUCAUCGAUUUCCCACACGAGCCAAUCGCACCAACUCCCGUACCAGAUUACGCAGCGAUCUUAUCCGGCGUCGACAACGCACCCAACCAACCACAACACGUACACGGCCAUCUCCGCCACGACGCGCUCAUCGACAUGAUCAGCCGACGAAAUCACUCGUUUAACUGUAGACACACUGGCUGUAACACCGCAAAUUUCUUUAAUUUUGGGUGCUGAAAGAUGUGAAUUGGACGCAGCUCGCACAAUAUGCCUCCUGACUGCGGCGUGGGACGUGUUUGACUCCGCCUUUCAUGUUCUUGCCAUAUUCUGAUUUGUUUCUCAAAAAGUUACUCACAAGAUUUUGGCUCCAUUCAAUUUUUUGAGCCAUUUUGCGAUGGCUAAGACCACUUUCACGAUAUGCUUCGAUUUGGCCUCUUUUAUACUCGGAUAAUUGUUGUUCGCGUCCCAUUUUUCAUUUAAUUUAAAGAAAAUAUAUGAAAUAAAAAAUUUGUAUCAAAAAUGUGUCGCCACACUGCCAAGUUUAAUCGCAAACUAAAAAUCUUUCAGCUGUACCUAUUCAGUUGAACCAAACAAUUGCACAGAAAUUAGCGAAAUAAAUAGCAAAACAGAAUAUGCAAAGUAACGGUACUUAGCAAGCGGUUCUUUACUAGGGCACACUAAUUGACAGAAAUAUAGUAAAAUUAAAACGUUUUUAAAAAAACAUGCGUACGAUCAAUAUGUGAUGAAAAAUUUAUGAAAAUGCAAGCGAAUUUAUGCGAACCUAUUCAGUUGAUCGGCAGUGUAUGAAGCACGUAUGCAUCCAUAUGCAUUACGCAUG